AGUCAUUUGUUUUCUGCCCUUCAAGAGUUGGAAAAGAGCCAUGUUGGGUACAAAUUCCAUUUAUCUGUUAGUUCUUCUGUCUGCGUCAGCCCAGGCAACAUCCCCCGUUUCACCACACAAACAAGUUAUUGAGGUGCUUGAAAACUAUAAGGCGUCUCCUUGGUAUCUAGGCAAGAUAAAGCUUGCAGCAGAUGGCCCGUAUGAUACAGAGUUGGUUGGGAACGACGAAGGGAUAUUUCAUUUUGAUCCAGAGACUGGCUUUUUACAGACCAACCAAUCCUUUGAUCGAGAGAAGCAGGAAUUCUACACCCUUCAGGUGAUUGCAAGAGGUAACGAGGAAGCUGUGAUUGAUUCGGUCACCGUUCAAAUCAUCAUUAAAGAUGCAAACGAUAACCAGCCUAUGAUGACACAUAAAACAUUUCAUGGAGUUAUCAGCAAAGGAUCGGGGCAAGGAGUGGCUUUCAUGCACGUGCAAGCCACUGAUGAAGAUGAUCCCAUGACAGAUAAUGCAGAUUUACGUUAUUCCAUCUUGCCGUAUAACUCGGCCCCUUAUAAAGAUAUGUUCCAGGUGGAAUCACGAACAGGAGCAGUUUCUCUAACUGAGCAAGGCGCUACUACUUUGCCCGAGCUGCAAGAGGCCAAGUUCAAGUUUGUGGUUCAAGUUAAGGACACGGGGGACGAACCUCUCGGGAAUAAAGACACUGCAAACCUUGAGAUUGAUGUUGCAGAAAAUACGUGGGUCACCCCAAGCCCGGUGACUCUUCCAGAGAAUCUAAAAUGUGACUACCCUCGAGUCAUCUCUCAGGUCAGGUGGAAUAGCACGGAGGUUCAAUAUCAUCUGGCAGGGAAUUUCGCAGAAGGCCUUUUCACUAUCGAUGAUACAGGAAACAUCUAUGUAACCAGAGAACUGGACAGAGAAAUUGAAAGCCAGCACCAGAUUGAAGUGUCUGCUGUGAAUUUUUAUAACAUUUCCUACAGCGACCCACUACAGAUUUCAGUUAUAGUCCUAGAUGAAAAUGACAAUAAACCAGUAUUUUCUGCAAAUACGUAUCAUGUGGAGAUCACAGAGAAAAUGACAAGAGGAUCUGUGCUGCUUCACCUACAUGCAGAUGAUGCUGAUGAGAUGGACACCAUCAAUACACAAAUAAGCUACAGGAUUGUCAGUCAAGAACCCAGCACCCCCGAAAAUGUAUUUGCCAUUGAUGAGAAGAAUGGGGAUCUGACUCUGCAGGAUAGCAGCCUCUGGGCAGGAAAUACAAAGACAUAUCAAGUGGAAAUCACCGCCACUGACCUUGCUGGAUCCCAGGAUGGUCUAAGCAGUAGCUGUCUCGUAAUAAUUGAUGUGAUGGACAUAAAUGAUAACCCGCCUGUAUUUCUGGAGAAUAAGUUUGCACCCUUUAUUAUACCGGAGAACACAGAGCCUGGCGUGAUCAUCGCUACUCUGACAGCUACGGAUGAAGAUCAUCUGCCUGUUAAUAAAUUGAUAGACUUUUACGUACAAUCUGGAAAUGAAGAUGGCACCUUCAGAAUAUUGACCGAUCAAGAAAGUAACACUAUAUCUGUCUAUCUUGACAAGGUACUUGAUUACGAGAAAAAACAAGAAUACGACUUGAUCUUCCUUGCAAAGAACAAAGCUGAACUUUUUGGAACAGAAUAUGGUGCAAGUUCCACUGCAACUGUCCAUGUCACAGUGCAAAAUGUAAAUGAGCCGCCGGUAUUUGACCAACGCAAAUAUGAAGUCCAAAUCCUGGAGAGUACUCAGUCGGGUUCGGUGAUACUCACAGCUGAGGCCAAGGAUCCAGACAUACUUCACCCAGCCAAGCUGCACUACAGCAUCAAGAAUGAUUCUAGAAAAUGGCUUUCUGUCAAAGAGCAUUCUGGGAAGAUCCACCUGCUCCAUGCUAUAGACAGAGAGGUGUCAGAUGAGACAUACACUGUACAGGUUGUGGUGACAGAGGAAGGGGAUCAUGGUCUUUCGGCAAGUGCAGAGAUUGUGAUGCACAUCGUGGAUGUCAAUGAUAAUAUACCCUUUCUUGUGGGAGACUACUCGAAAGCAUUCUUCUGCAGUAAUAAAGUGGACACCCAGAGGAUUCUCAUCAAGGCCUAUGACCUCGAUUCAGGACAAAAUGGUGCUCCGUUCACGUUUCAAGUUGUUAAUGACCCUAAUGUGCAAGUAAAAUGGAAGAUAACUCACCUGAAUGAGACUCACGCUUAUUUAUCGAUGGUAAUUAGUUACCUGGAACCAAAGGUGUAUUAUGUUCCGAUAAUCGUUAGCGACAGUGGUGAACCCACUCAAAGCCAGCGUGUGCACCUCCCAGUCAGCGUAUGCCAAUGCGGCUCCAGUAACCAAUGCAUUGGGGAAGUGAACAAGAUGGAAAAUAUGCCAACGGUUUCAACGGCUAUGGGCACUCUUUUUGGGACAUUGGGAGCCAUAGUUCUCAUCCUGAUCAUAAUCUUCCUACGGCUGUCUCUCUUUUCCUCUCCCAAGAAUUUAGCGACAUCGGACUCAAUUCCUUUAAAGAACGCUGUAUGAAAAUAUCCACUCAGCCCAGCGAAGACAUACUAAUUUACUGCAUCUUUCUCCCAUUUUCCACUGCAACAACUUGUACUUCCAUUCCUGAUUUACAAAUGAACUGAACAGUAUUCUCUCUUUACCCUUCCAUAUGGUGUGGGGUCUAGUCCCUAGACAACUCAGAUCUAUGAAAUGUAAUUUGUUGAUUAUUUUCUGAAUGUUGAUUACAAAACUGGCCCAUUUCAUCUCUCUCUUUCUCUUCUUAAUAUCCACAUCUACACAGCAAAAUAUUG